AUGACGAGCACAAUCCAAGCCCCUCGAAGGGCAACCACUCUGAUCUUCUCAAUCAACCAACAAUCCUUCCGUCCCCUUUCCCAGCGCCACCAACUCCUCAGCGCCAGCACCUUCAAACCCUACUCGACACAACCACCAUCCUCAAACGUAGACGAAAAACCCAAAGACCUACCUCCCAAACCACCUUCCCAACCAGACGAAGACGGCAUCAAUGGGCCUCUCUCUACUCUACCACCACCCCUCAAUCUCCCCGAAAAAGGCUCUCGCUCCACACCAGCACACCUCUUCCAAAUCGGGCGCGCAUACGGAAAGUUCUACUGGACAGGCGUAAAAGCAACAUGGGCGAACCGCAAACGCGCAAAAGCCUUGAAAACACAAAUCACUGCUGCAAACCGCGCCGCAGGGCUUCCCAAUAUGCCUAGACCGUUACUCGCACACCUCGAAUUCUACUACAACAAUGUCAACGAAGGAAAGGAAAAAUUGACAAGGACAGAGUUUCAAUUGUUGAUGAGAGAGCAAUAUGACUCUAGAAAACUACCUCCGUUUGCGUUGAUGGUGGCCCUGUUUGGAGAGUGGUUACCGUUGAUUGUGCCUUUUGUGCCCUCUGCUGUCCCACGCACCUGCAGAAUCCCCAAGCAAAUCGAAGAUAUGAGAAAAGGCGUGGAAGAAAGACGCAAAAAGUCUUUUCGCGAGGGACUAAAGACGCCAAAUCCUGCAGAGGAAAAUGAUGAAGCCAUGCCUACGAGUUUUGCAGGAGGCAGNAAGGCGCUUCCUAGACUAUACAUGUCUAUGCGUACGGCGCAACAUAUCGUCAAGCUAGGAAAGAAGGAAUCAAUGCAUAUAUCCCGAGUUUUGGGGAUUGGAGGCAGAUUGUUUGACAGCAUUGGUGUGCAACAUCCUUUAUUCCCUGUCAAAUUGAUGAGACAUCUGGGGUACCUACACAUCGACGACGAGCUAUUGCUACAAGACUGGGUGCUGAGCCACUUGACAUUGAGUACAGAAGAAACACGCAUAGCAUGCGAGGAACGCGGUAUCGAUGUGGUGGGCAGAGGUGAAAGCGACAUGAAAGAAGAUCUCGGCAAAUGGCUCGAAGGCAGAAAGAGAGACAACGGCAACUACGGCGAGAUUCUGAAGAUGUUGUUUACAAGGUAUGUCAAUUUUAUGUCUCUUGAGGAGAUGUUCAAAUAUGCUGACUUUUUUUGCUUUCACAGACCGAAUGUUUGGGGUCAAUCUCACAUCGAGGCUCCCAAAUCGACUGAAUGA